AUGGAGGCCAAUAACUUGUCUCUCACCUGCCCAGCUAAGAGUCACUACGAACUCUGCACUCGCUCCUGCGAUUUCACCUGUGCCGGCCUGUCCAAUUCACCCCAGUGCACGGAGAGAUGCUUCGAAGGCUGCCAGUGCGACAACAGGCUGCUGUUUGAUGGGGAGAGUUGUGUGUUUCCGGGUGGCUGUGGAUGCUUCAGAUACGGGAGAUACAUCAAGUCAAUGGAGACUGUGAUUUCUGCCAACUGCACUGAGAAUUGCACCUGCUACCUUAGGAGCAACCUUGUGUGUCAGAAAGUCGCCUGUGAGCCCACACAGACCUGCAUGCUCAAGAAUGGCACACACAGCUGCACAAAGGAGAGAGAAUAGUGAGGGCCAUGGCACCCAACAAUGGACAAGUUAGAAUGUAUAUGAUUUAUAGCUAGCAUUGCAGUCGCUUUGUUUUAAUGUGUUCUGUGGUGCAAUCCAUUAGA